AAUUUGUCUCUUCCUGUGCUGCAUCUCUGCUUUCUGAGAGACGCGUUUAAAUACGGGCUGGAGACGCAGCCCUUCCAGUGUGCUCUGCUAGGCUGUGACAGCAGGAACGGAGCUUCUUGAGAGGCUCUCUUCUUUCUUCAUUUCGCACUAAUUCCUCUCCAAAAAGGAACUUCUCGGGGAGAAGGCUCUGAGACUGCAUGUCCCAACAGUACCAGCUGCAGGAGGUGAAGGGAGACGCGGUUUGCUUUGUACCUGGCUCUCCUCUCUUCUCCGUCCUCAUGGAGCCGGCUUCUUUCUGCUACCCCCGGCUCACCUUCCUCCGCUCGCCCUAUGGCCAGUUUGGGGCGAGCGCUGACUCCUCGCAGGACUUGGCCCCGUGGCCGCAGCGCCUGGUGACGCAGAGAUGGACCGGGGCAGUGGACGAGUCUCCCCCAGCAGCAAUGUCAAGAAAUGGAUACUUCUUUGAAGAGAGUGGGUACCUCAAGUGCGACACGGAUGAUGGCUGCGAGGCCAAGGAGGAGGCAGGGGGAGAGGAGCUCUUUGAUGCUGUGAACUCCUCCAUCGUUUCGGGGGACAGCAUCAGGUUCUUCGUCAACGUCAACCUGGAGGUGCCGCCUAAUGCCACUGCUGAAAAUGAAAGUGCUGGCUGCGUGUUACUACACACAUCAAGGAAGUACCUGAAGUUAAAGAAUUUCGAGGAGGAAGUCAGAGCCCACAGAGACCUGGAUGGGUUCUUGGCCAGAGCCAGCAUCAUCCUUGAUGAAACAGCCACCUCCUUGGACGAUGUUCUUAGAGAGAUGCUGAAACAUUUUGCCGAAGAUCCUGAGAACACAGAGCCAAGCUGCAACUUUGAAAAAAUCAUGAGCACUUUAUUCACAGAUUCAGGGACCCCGCGAGAAGGGAAUGGCACCCAUGACGUUUCAGAGCCAACAGGAAUGAAUAUACAAACAUGUACAUCGCAUCUCAAAUUUCACCUCUUAUCAGAUACAAUUCAAGGGGUGACAGCAACAGUCACGGGGGUGCAGUAUCAGCAGUCCUGGCUCUGUAUCAUUUGCACUAUAAAGUCCCUUCAGCGACGUCAUGUUUGCAUCAGCCGCCUCGAGAGGCCUCAGAACUGGGGUGAAAACUCUUGUGAAGUGAGAUUUGUGAUACUAGUCCUGGCUCCUCCUAAAAUGAAAAGCACCAAAACUGCCACGGAAGUGGGCCGGACCUUUGCCACAAUGUUUUCAGACAUAACCUUUCGCCAGAAACUCCUAGAAACCAAAACUGAAGAGGAGUUCAAGGAAGCCUUAGUCCACCAGCGCCACUUGUUGACAGUGGUGAAUCAGAGACCCUCGGCAAUGAAUGAUGGGCACAAGUCACACAGUCCUAAGCCCCUCAAGUUGCACGAGUUUCUCAAUGUUGGCAAGGGGAUUUCUGAUGACAUUGCACGAAGAUUUCCAGUGUACGCUUUGGACUUCACUGAUGGUAUUAUUGGAAACAACAAGGCUAUAGGAAAAUACAUCACAACUAUGAUCUUUCUGUAUUUUGCCUGCCUCCUUCCAUCUAUUGCAUUUGGGUCCCUCAACGACGAAAACACCCGAGGAGCUAUUGAUGUGCAGAAGACAAUCGUUGGCCAGUGUAUUGGAGGGCUGCUUUAUGCACUCUUUUCGGGGCAACCUCUAGUUGUACUCCUAACUACGGCUCCUUUAGCACUCUACAUUAAUGUCAUCCGAGGAAUCUGUGAUGACUACAACUUGGAUUUCAGUGCGUUCUAUGCCUGGAUUGGACUGUGGAACAGCUUUUUCCUCGUGAUGUACUCCCUCUUUAAUUUCAGUCUUCUGAUGAAGCUCUUUAAAAGGUCAACAGAAGAAAUAAUUGCACUUUUUAUAUCCAUCACGUUUGUGCUUGAUGCCUUCAAAGGCAUUAUUAAAGUUUUUAAGAAAUAUUACUACCAUGGGCGCACAGGAGACAGUUACUUGGAAAAAGCACGAACUGAUGCUAUUCCAAGCCUCGGCAUCAAUACCACCUUCUUGAUGAAUUCAUCAGUGAGCAGAUCCAUGUCCCUAGAGAAUCAAACAGGCACGCAUGAUGUGCAUUAUGGACGUGAAACUGCCGUCCUUAGUCUCAUGUUGAUGUUGGGUACCCUUUGGCUUGGUCAUACGCUCUAUCAGUUUAAGAAAAGCCCAUAUUUGCAUGCGAGAGUCCGUGAAAUUCUGUCCGACUGUGCCUUACCGAUUUCAGUUCUGACUUUUUCUGUUGUGGGUUCCUAUAUCUUCAAGGAAAUUGAAAUGUCUAAAUUUAACUACAACCCAUCUGAGAGCUUGUUUGUGCUGGCCCCAGUCCAGUCCCUCUCCAUUGGGUCGGUGAUGAGUGCCAUGGGGCUGGGGUUCCUCCUCUCAAUGCUCUUCUUCAUAGAGCAGAACAUCGUGGCAUCGCUCACAAAUGCCCCAGAGAACAGGUUGGUGAAGGGAACAGCCUACCACUGGGACCUCCUGCUUGUUGCGCUGAUCAACACAGGGUUGUCUGUCUUUGGCCUCCCCUGGAUCCAUGCUGCCUUCCCUCACUCCCCGAUGCAUGUCCGUGCUCUGGCCUACGUAGAGGAGAGGGUUGAAAAUGGACACAUCUAUGAGACGAUUGUGAGUGUGAAGGAGACCCGGCUGACAAGUCUAGUGGCCAACUUCUUGGUUGGCCUCUCGCUCCUGCUCCUACCUUUUCCUCUCCAAUGGAUCCCGAAACCAGUCCUCUAUGGCCUCUUCCUCUACAUCGCGUUGACUUCCAUUGAUGGGAACCAGCUCUUUGAGAGGGUGGCUCUCCUGCUGAAAGAACAGACUGCUUAUCCUCCGACACAUUACAUCCGCAGAGUGCCCCAGAGGAAGAUCCACUAUUUCACAGGCUUGCAGGUCCUGCAGCUCCUUAUUCUCUGUGGUUUUGGCAUGUCACCAUUGCCCUACAUGAAGAUGAUCUUCCCACUCAUCAUGAUAGGAAUGAUCCCAAUCAGGUAUAACCUGCUUCCUAGAAUCAUCGAAGCCAAGUACUUGGAUGCUAUGGAUGCAGAGCAUUAAACGAGGUCUGCCACACGGAGCAACGAGGAUGGCUCUUUUGGAAGGAUGGGGCAGCUUUGCCGAGGCAUAGAACAAUCUAUCUGCAGUUCUUUCUUUCACCACUUUCUUUCUGCUCUAAUAUGGUAUUGGUAAUGCACCUUUCAAAGACCAAUUGAGCAUUGAAGCGUCAGACCAAAACAGCCUUGGACUUGAGAGGCUAACGCUCUUUAGAGCUGUGAGGCAAGCAAGCUCUAUGGAAAUGCUACUUUCCACGUCCCAGAACUGGAAUCCCCAAAGAUCAGCGUGCCCAUACAGUUGGGGCAUGCAUUCAGAGCUGUCAUGUGUUCCCUUGUCUGAGGGGUGGGGCAAGAAAUCCCUUUUUUAUGCACCACGUCCCUUUUUUUCCAAAACACUCUAAGGACAGCAACUGACCUUUCUCCUACGGAAUGACAGUCCUGUUCUGGCCUUUGAAUUCUAUUUCCCGUGAAUCCAGUAUUCCUGAAUUAGUAUUCCAGGUGGGAUGGCCUCAUGGUAAGCCACUGUCAGGAGAGACAUCUGGCUGUCUCUUCAGACUGACUAGCAGAAGGGUUAGAAGCAGAUUUAAUUCGUACUGAUACAAUCCACAGCUUUGGAUGAAUAUUUCAUUCCUACAGAUGAGCUGGAAAUGUUCAGAGGUUGGGCUCGCACGGUGAUGUUGGUGAAACUGCAUCUGGGUCUAAGCUAUUUGGGAAUUAUUUUUGGUUCUUUCUGCCAUUGCCACUCGGUAAAUACAGACGUGUAGUUUUGCACAACUGCAAUGUUCUCACAUGUACCCGGAGUCAAAUGCUGAAACUCGUCGAAGGGCAGUUGUGUUAAUGAUUGCAUAUACAUAUGUACAGUAGUGCCUAUGUGUACAUAUAUACAUAUGGAUUUGUGUAUAUAUUUUGCAUAGAUAUACAAAUAGGCCUGAUUCUUUCAAAAUAACAAGUGUUUUGUGCAAUCAGUGUUACCCGUGAUGUCUUGACCAUAUACUUGUUCUCUGCUUCAGUGCUGCUUUUUCUUGUUGGAGAUACGGUCACUUUUAAUUUUUUUUUCCUUCUAAAGCUGCUCAUUUACCGUUUUUGUUCAUGUGUUGCUUUAUCCAAGGUGUUCCUUUGCUUUCUUCUUCCCAUGGCUUGAGACCUUCAUUCUGUCUUGAUGCUCUGACGUGUGAAUUUUGCAUUUAAUUUUAAUGUACAGCAUGCAAUGAAAAUUUUCCUCUUUUGCCUAAUCAAUAUUUGUUGGUCAUUUCAUUAUUUCUGUUCUGUAGCUGAUCUCCAUUUUCCCCCCACUCCUAGUCAUUAUAUUAUAUUUCUGGAUGAAGUUAACUUCUGUCUUUUAUAGUUCAGUUUAUUUAAUUUUGCUUGUACUAUGGUCAGUUUUCUUAUUUGAAGUACUGUGAAACCAGCUGCCCUUUAGUUCAGUGCUUGCCCAUUGCUGCACGUUGCAGAUCACAGGUAAAGUGUUAAGGAAAAUGUGGAGCUCUGAAGAUAACGAACUUUAAAAAAACAGCAAAAACGCGAGAAGGGGAACAAAAUGAAAUGUGCAUAUACUGCAGAUUAGCACAGAGAAAUUUCUUACCAAUUGCUUGCUCAGUCAAUGGUGCAGGGUUUUAUCAGCGUGUUCCCUACAGAUUGGAUGCUUCUCUGUGUGAGGAAGGCCAGCUUUGUGAUGAGGGAAAAAGGAUUUGGGGAAAAUGUUUGUAUGCUGAAACAGUCAGACUCAAGCCUCUGAAGAUUUGGUGUUUUUGCACUAAACAUCAGAUGGUAUUGCUUCGUAAUGUAGUUGCCUACAGUUUUAAAACACGUUUGAAAAAGUUUUCACUUUCUUAUGGAAACUCUUCAUCCUUGUAUUAUACUUAAUGGAAGAGAGCAGAAAAUGUUCCUGAGAAUGUGCCCUGGUGGGCAUGGCCAGUAAGUCCUACAGCUAUCCCAGGGGAAAGCCCCCAGCUUUCUUAGCAAGCAAAGCAGCAGCAUGACCUUCAGGUCACACCAGCCAGUUCUUACGGGAAUGCUGAGAAGGCUCUGAAUCAUGACUGGCUAUUACCAAGGUCUGCAUGUAGAAACAGGACGAGCAGGCAGCAAACAGGAUUUUGGGGCAGUGUGAAGGCGGAGGUGGUAAAAGCAUAAAGCAUGUCUGAUCUCCAGUCAACAGAAAAAGAGCAGGUGACAGCAAACAACAGCUCAGUACGUGUUGUAAGACAGCGAUUGUACACGCCUGAUGGUGCUUAAAUCAUGUGCUUUUCCCAUGGAUGUCAGAUUGACCAUAACUAGAAUGAGUAGUGUCAUCUUAUGGUAAAGCUAUUAAAUGCAGGUGUCCAGCGGAUGCAUUUGUGGUGUCUCAGCUCUUGGCUGUGAGAAGUCACCCUUUGGGGUGGCUUGAACCACAUUGUGGAUGCUGUAGCUGGAGGAAAGAGGAUGUGCCUGAUGGAGAGUGGCUCUGGUCCUCUUCGAGGAAGAGCAGAGGCCCUGGGUGAAAUUCCCUCCAGAACAGAGCGCGUUGAGAUGAACUGCACGUGGGUCUUGUCAGAGAAAGAAAUAAUUGUCAGAAACAGUUCUCAGAUGUGCCCUCUGUCCCCCAACUCGCCCAAAAAGGUCCCCUGUUUAAAACCACUUGGAAACAUCAAUUUCAGGUAGUGUCAAAUGUUGUUAAAUGAGAUGGCUCAAAACCGAGCUAACUGCGGGGUGUCAGGUAGCAAUUACAGUUCUUGGGGUGGGUGUCUUGUUCCUUGCUGUUGCUUUACCACUACGACUUCAGUGUUUGUAUUUUCUCAGUGGCGUCAAUAAGAAUCUGUUUUGCAGAGUUUUCUUUCUACGGAAGUCACGGGCCAAAGAACCAAAUGAUGGGGAAGCAGCACGACUCCCGAAGCGAAGCUGUGCUGGCUUAAACUGCUUGCACAUUUUGGACCCGUGUCUAGAUAAAUGGGUAGGAGGGGGAUGAGGCUCAAGGCCUUUUGGCUGUUAAGGGGUCGUGAUGAUCCCACGGAGGAUUUUUUUUUCGUACCUUUUCUCUUGUUUGCUUCUGGUUUUGCUGACAAAAGUGCAGGCGCUUCCAGGAAGUGGGCUAACUAGGGAAGGAGAGGUGGUUCAGAGUUGAUUGAGCACUUUAAUACUUCUGUGAAGGUUAAGACAAUUAGAAUGUACAAAGUUUUAUUAUAAGCUCUUUAUAUACGCACAAUGCUAUGUAUAACUGUUGCCAAAGAAAUGGGUUUGAAGGAUGUCGAUAGCUUUUUGACAGUCCACAACGUUCACCUGGAGCCACGAGGUGGUGGUGGAGCACUUCUGAGAUGGGUGGGUUUGGGAAGUUACCUUUUGACAGUUGCCAAAACGAUCAGAAAUGGGGAAUAGAAUAAAUUUCUGCUCUCAAACCUGUAGGUUUUGAUCCUUGCACUGAAUGUAGGAGCUAGAAAUUAGCUUGACAAUUAAAAUUGGAUUUAUACCUGAAGAGGUCUGUUGGUCUGAGACUUAUUUUGUUGCCUUCAAAGAUGCUGACAUGCUAAUGUAUGGAAAUAGAUGUUUCUUCAUGUAAAUUGAGGGAAGUUGGUGAAACCUGGACUGCUGAACAGGCGAUACAGUGCUUUCUGGAUUGCUUAGAAAGCAGAUCUGACAACUUCACUACCAACAGCCUCCCAGAUUCUCUGGCAUCGACAUUUGAAGCUACUAAUAAAUGUCAAACUCGAGUUGGAUGAUGUGUGUCAGUGCAUCACUGCAAAAGGAUAGGGAUGGGGUAAAAUCCACCUGGUUUGCUUCAGAGCUGCUGUCUGGUGAAACGUUUCAAGAGGAAUCCAACGACUGUGGGACGUGGCAUAUGCUUCCUGAUGACCUGCAUGAACUGGGAUGUUCUGAAAAAUACUUGGUAGAUGGUCACGUACCUGUAUGCUGUAGAUCAUACAGUUAUUCCUGAAAGUACCCCCCCAUUUCCAGCUGUACCAAAAGACUGAAACAUUGUAAAAUUUUGCAUAGUGUAUUUCUCUGCUUUAGAAGAUGCUGCUGGACUGUGUUCUCCGGGCACUUUUUGGAGGAAAAACAGAAGGAAACAUGAAGGUGGUUGAAGUUGGGUAUACCUGGAGAACACUUAUGGGGGUUAUGGGGUCCUCAGCAACAUAAAAGGGACCUGAAGCAUGUGCCAUGUCACAAAAAGCUCCUGCUCUUUUCCAGCCUGUGUCCCACUAAGCAUGCAUCUUUUACCCAAUCUGUUGGCACGUGUUCACGUUAUUCCUUGAUCAAGCUUUUUUCUUGUUCA